UCGCGGCCGACAGCACUCCCGGAAGCAAAAGCUCUAGCGGUGGAGGAAGGUGGCCCUGCCAAAUAAACAGACCGGCUCUUUGCUUUUUCUAGGGGAGUAGGGAAGAGCAGCAGCAGUGCGUAAACCUCCCUUUUGCCAACAUGAACGUGGUUUUUGCCGUGAAGCAGUACAUUUCCAAAAUGAUAGAGGACAGUGGGCCCAGCAUGAAAGUACUUCUCAUGGAUAAGGAGACGACUGGCAUAGUGAGUAUGGUGUACACACAGUCGGAGAUUCUUCAGAAGGAAGUAUACCUUUUUGAAAGGAUCGAUUCUCUGAAUCGAGAGACCAUGAAGCACCUGAAAGCCAUUUGUUUUCUUCGACCUACAAAGGAAAAUGUGGAUUACCUAAUUCAGGAGCUCCGAAGACCGAAAUAUAGUGUUUAUUUUAUUUAUUUCAGUAACGUGAUCAGCAAGAGCGAUGUGAAGUCAUUGGCCGAGGCCGAUGACCAGGAAGUUGUGGCUGAGGUUCAGGAGUUUUAUGGUGAUUACAUUGCUGUGAAUCCACAUUUAUUUUCCCUCAAUAUCUUGGGUUGUUGUCAGGGUCGAAACUGGGAUCCGGCCCAACUAUCUAGGACAACCCAAGGACUGACAGCUCUUCUGUUAUCCCUGAAGAAAUGCCCCAUGAUACGUUACCAGCUUUCAUCAGACUCAGCAAAAAGACUUGCUGAAUGUGUGAAGCAAGUGAUAACUAAAGAGUAUGAACUUUUUGAAUUCCGAAGAACUGAAGUCCCUCCAUUGCUGCUAAUUUUGGAUCGCUGCGAUGAUGCUAUAACUCCACUGCUAAACCAGUGGACAUAUCAGGCCAUGGUCCAUGAACUGCUCGGCAUAAACAACAAUCGGAUUGACCUUUCUCGAGUACCAGGGAUCAGUAAAGACCUGAGAGAGGUGGUUUUAUCUGCUGACAAUGAUGAAUUCUAUGCCAAUAAUAUGUACCUGAAUUUUGCUGAGAUUGGCAGCAACAUUAAGAAUCUCAUGGAAGACUUCCAAAAAAAGAAACCAAAAGAACAACAAAAACUAGAAUCAAUAGCAGAUAUGAAGGCCUUUGUAGAGAAUUAUCCACAGUUCAAGAAGAUGUCUGGGACUGUGUCAAAGCAUGUGACUGUGGUUGGGGAGUUGUCUCGGUUGGUCAGUGAGAGGAAUCUGCUGGAGGUUUCAGAGGUUGAGCAAGAGCUGGCCUGCCAAAAUGAUCAUUCUGCCGCUCUCCAGAACAUAAAAAGACUACUGCAGAAUCCCAAAGUAACUGAAUUUGAUGCUGCACGUUUAGUGAUGCUUUAUGCCCUACAUUAUGAACGGCAUAGCAGUAAUAGCCUUCCUGGACUGAUGAUGGACCUCAGAAAUAAAGGUGUUUCAGAGAAGUAUCGCAAGUUGGUGCCUGCCCUCGUGGAAUAUGGUGGCAAAAGAGCAAGGGGAAGUGACCUCUUUAGCCCCAAAGAUGCAGUAGCUAUUACCAAGCAGUUCCUCAAAGGAUUGAAGGGAGUGGAGAAUGUUUAUACACAGCAUCAACCUUUCCUGUAUGAGACAUUGGACCAUCUCAUCAAAGGGAAGCUUAAGGAAAAUCAGUACCCUUACUUAGGCCCCAGCACACUGAGAGACAGGCCCCAAGAUAUCAUCGUGUUUAUCAUUGGAGGGACCACCUAUGAAGAGGCGCUGACAGUAUAUAAUUUGAACCGUACCACUCCUGGAGUUAGGAUUGUCCUGGGAGGAACCACAAUACACAACACAAAAAGUUUCCUAGAGGAAGUUUCAGCAGCUGGGCUGCACAAGCGAAGCACAGAGACAACUCAGGCAACAUCGAGACCAGCAAGUAGGCGAUGAAAGUGAGAAGAACACUUCAGCUUCCCCAUUCAUGACACUACGGGAAUUCCCACAUGAUGAGUGGCAUUUCAUAGAACUUGGAGUUUGAGCUACCUAUUGCAUACUUUGUCCAGGCCGGAGUAACUCUACCAGUCACCAGUUACUACACCGCUAGCUCUCACUUCAAGACUGUCAAAGAUGUGUUGUUAAGAGUAAAUUAUGGUCUACAGUCAAUCCAGCUUUCUUGUGGUCCAGUAAACCUGUGUUCUUUAUGUGUUUGACCCAGCUCUCAGUUCAGUUUCUAAUGGGGUUUGGUGGGAUUGUCUAAUUUGAAAGAAGGCAUACCAGUAUAGUAGAUUAGAGGGGAGUGAACAUUCUAAACAUUUGCUAUCCAUGCCUCACUUUCCAUUACCUCAUUCCUCUCUCCCACUCCCUCCCUAACCUUCCCUACUCAUUUUUCAUUAACUACAUUCCUGUACAACUAAUUUCUAAAAACUCUAAAGCAGUGCUUCUUCAGAGAGCUAUCUAAUAACUGUUCAUCCCCCAUAUUUUGAUUGUUUUGGGCCCUGAGAAGCUAUGUAUAAUUCAAAUAAAAUCAGUUUUGUGGAA